GUACCACCCGCGGGACACUGGAGUGGACUGGACUGGACCUUACCGCACCUUGCCUUAGCUUAGCAGACCCGACCUUACUGUACCCGUGUCCACCUCCUCCAUGCCCAGGUCCCUAUCCAAGAAAUCAUCCACUCUCACUACCUUGCACUUCUUCCCUCUUUCUCUCCUCCUCAGUCCGUCCCCCGUAUCCAUUAGUCGCUAUCCUCCUCGUGAAUAUCAUCCGACAAGACGCACUCUAAUUCUUCUCAGUCUCUCCCUUUUUCACUCCUUCUCUCCCCCUCCCCCCCUUCCUCCUGUCUGUCACCUGCUUCCCUCCUCAUCCACACUCAACCCUCUCCAGAGACAGAGUGAGAGAGCGCGAGAGACCACUAUCGACCUCGACCGGUAGGGCUCCAAUUCUUCGGGUGCCAUUCGCAAUUUCGGCCCAGAGGUUUCCUGAUUCUCGUCCUCCUCACUACUUCCCUCUUCAUUCCUCUCUCCCUCUCCCACUUGCUGUCUGCAGUUGUUGGUCUCGCUCUCCCUCGAGCAAACCCCCCAGUCAGGC